CCGAUGACCUACGCAAACCUUCAGAAUUAUUUGUCAGGCAGACCAGGCUCUGACCCUGCCACCAGUGUCGUGAAUAGGGGCGGCAGCACCAGUAGCCCUCACUCGGGAGAGAGCCCAGACGUGCCAUCUGAACCGUCUUCGGUUUGGGAUUCCGGUAUGAAAUCUGCUUUUGAUGCGAACAAUCGCUCUCCGCAACUCGGGUCUCUCACUCCCAGCGCCAAUCCCAACAACCUUUUCGACCAGACUGGGCUUGGCCAAUUUUCAACAGGUGCUUCAAUUCUCAGCGGAAGAACACAACCGAUCCAAUCGUCUAGUGGGAACACAAUGCAAGUUCCAAUCCGAUCGUCUACUCCGGGUCACCCUUCACCUCCACCAGGCUUCCCUUGGUCAAACACUGGCGCGGUAGUUGGUGCCGACCUUGAUAGACAAAGUGCUCAACCUCCUCAUACUCAACCACCUACAAACACGACUUCAAAUCUUCCUGGCUCUUCUUCCCAGCGGCUAGACCUCAAGUCAUGGAUCAGUGGACCGACUUUUCCAACCAUUGGCGCAACGGCUGA